UAUCUUUAUAAACCAGGAAGAAGUAGCCUACUCGGAUAUUAAUGCUACACGGAAGUAGAAACGGUGCGAUUCUAUCUCCAGGACCAGUAAAAGGAAAUCAUUGAAAACUAGCCAAUCACAUAUGUCAAGGAGCCAAAAUGGUGAACUUCUGUGGAUUGGUAACUGUCAAGAAUGAACCAGUGCCUCUGAAGAGUAUUGCUGUGGAAGUGAGUGUGCAGGGGCAUGUGGCCACUGUGAGCUCCACUCUGCAGUAUGAGAACCAGGAGCAGAGCCCUCUGGAGGCCAUCUUUGUUUUCCCUCUGCCGGGAGAGGCUGCUGUCUGCAGGUUCAGCGCCAAGAUAGGACAGACUGAGGUGGUGGCUGAGGUUCAGGAGAAACAGAAGGCACAGGAGCAGUAUGAUGAUGCAUUGAGCUCGGGACAGCAGGCCUUCCUAUUGGAGGAGAGUGAUGAGAGCCCGGACGUGUUCAAGCUGAGUGUGGGAAGUCUGCCUCCAGGGGAGAAGGCCUCUGUCAGCCUGGACUAUGUGACAGAGCUGGCUGUACAGGCUGACGACGGCCUGAGGCUCUGCCUGCCCGCCGUGCUCAACCCCCGCUACCAACCCCAGGGGUCAGACAGUGGUAGUGGUGGCAGUGCCCAGGUGUCCUCGGUGCCCGCUGGUUCUGUCCCCUACAGUCUGUCCCUCAGUGCCCAUGUGUCGUCCCCUCAUCCCAUCUCUAGAGUAGAGUCCAACUGUCCCCUGGACCCACUCAACUACCUCAACACAGAGAAAACCCAAGCCACGGUCAGCCUGGCUGCAGGUCAUCAGUUUGACCGGGAUGUUGAGCUGUUGUUGUAUUACCAAGACACCCAUCAGCCUACUGCUAUAGUAGAGGCAGCACAGGCUUCUGCCAAGCCAGGCUCUCUGAUGGGUGACCCAGUGGUCAUGCUGAGCUUGUACCCAGAGUUCCCCAAGGAUGUGAUGUCAUCUAUGACCUCACACGGGGAGUUCCUGUUCGUAGUGGAUCGCUCUGGUAGCAUGGAAUGCCCCAUGCACCUUGGGUCUGGGUCACAGGACCGUAUUGGCAGUGCCAGGGAUACUCUGCUGCUCUUGCUGAAAAGCCUGCCUAUGGGCUGCUACUUCAACAUCAUCGGCUUUGGGUCCAGUUAUGAGUCCUUCUUUUCUAAGAGUGUGGAGUACAGCCAGAAGACUAUGGAUGAGGCUCUGCAGAAGGUGAAAGAAAUGAGGGCUGACCUGGGAGGUACAGAGAUCCUCCAGCCUUUAAAACAUAUCUACAGCCAGCCCUGCCUCCCCGACCAGCCCAGACAGCUCUUCUUGUUCACUGACGGUGAGGUGGGGAACACCAAGGAAGUCCUGGAUCUGGUGAAGACUAAUGCCGGUUCUCACAGGUGUUUCUCCUUUGGGAUCGGGGAGGGGGCCAGCACUGCUCUCAUUUCUGGGGUGGCCAAGCAGGCCAGAGGGCACGCACAGUUUAUCACAGGACAGGACAGGAUGCAGCCCAAAGCGAUGCAGUCUCUCCGGUUUUCCCUGCAGCCAGCUGUGGUGGACAUCUCAGUCAAGUGGAAUGUCCCAAAGGGGGUCUCUGUCACCCCUUUGUCUCCACCAAUCAGAGUGGUCUUCCAGGGCCAAAGAGCACUUCUGUAUGCCCAGCUCACUGGGGAGAGCUCAGGGGACACAGAGGGCUCGGUGAUAGUGAAGUACAGCCUGGCCAAACAGCCUGUUGAGAACCAGCUGAGCUUCAGUCUUAAGCCUGCAGAGGACACUGGAAUGACCGUCCACAGGCUGGGUGCUCGAACCCUGAUCCAAUCCCUGGAGGUGGAAGAGAGAGAGCAGGAUGGGGAGAAGGAGGGAGUGAAAGAGAAGGUGAUAGAGCUCAGCAUCCAAUCAGGAGUGAGCAGUGCCUUUACUGCCUUCAUCGCUGUCCACAAAGGAGAUGGAGAGGCCCUGCAUGGACAGUUGCUACGCAGACAAGUCCCCACGCCAAUGUUGUAUCACAGCCCCAUGCCCAUGAUGAUGUUGUGUAGUAUGGCUCAGUGCAGCCCCAUGCCCAUGGUGAUGGGGUGUGGUAUGGCUCAGGACAGCCCCAUGCCCAUGGUGACGGCGUGUACUAUGCAGAUGAAAAUGAGGUCCCCAGUCAAGUUAAAGUUGAGCAAAAAGAGUAAAGGUUUGGAUGCUUUAGAAGUAUUAGACUAUGACGACAACUGUUCCGAAGACUUUGACUCUCCAGCCCCAACCUCUAAGCCUGUGAGGGACCCUCUCCUCCAGCUGAUCUCCCUUCAGAAGGCCUCUGGUUCCUGGGUCCUGGAGGCAGCGUUGGCUGAGGUGCUGGCGAAGACUGAGGAGGAGGUGUCCAAGCCAAAGCCUGCACAGGUGGACCAGGAGGUGUGGGCCACGGUUCUAGCCCUGGUAUGGCUCUAUGGUUUCAAGAUGGAGGCUCAGGAGGAGUGGCAGUUUCUGGCCAUGAAGGCAGUAUCAUGGAUCCAGGCUCAGAAAGCGACCAGUGUGUCCGAGUGUGUCCAGGCUGGAAAUAACCUUCUGGGUUGCCAAGUGCAGAAAGACACCCUGGGGCUCUAACAUGUUCACCCUCCCAGUCCUCUCUCUGUCCCCCAUACACCUACUACUCUACCUGGGGUGAGAUAUACGCACAACCCUGCCUGCUCCUAGUCCCCUCCUCCAAGCAAACUGGUGGAGCUAGCAACUGUACUCGCCUGAGCAAGCCUAAUUAUCAACCUCUUACCUAUAUUAGCCUCUUGUCAUUUACUGUUGGGACACUUAUGUAUCUCAAUGUAUUGGUUGUUAUUAACAUAUCAACAUGAAUCUACGUGUUACAUAUACAGCUGUACUUGUUAGACUUUGCUUUGGUUAUCACUUCCAUAUAGACUACUGGAACCAAUGUGUAUGCAGUACUUGUCAUCACUAACCAAAAUGCUUGGUAAAAGGCCUUAUUAUUGUAUGCAUUAUCCACGUAUAUGAGGCCAAAUGCAUGCAGGGAGAAGUUGUGGAUAAUAUGAAAAGCCAAAUGAGUGCCUAUCCGGGUGCCUUUACUGUGUGAUCAUGUAACACUGUCUCUGUAUUCAUGUAAUUCCUCAUAUACACUACCGUUCAAAAGUUUGGGGUCACUUAAAUAUAUAUUUUUUUUUUUGUAAGAAAAGCACAUUUUUGUCCAUUUAAAAUAACAUCAAAUUGAGCAGAAAUACAGUGUAGACAUUGUUAAUGUUGUAAAUGACUUGUAGUUGGAAACGGCUGAUUUUUAAUGGAAUAUCUACAUAGGCGUAUAAAGGUCCAUUAUCAGCAACCAUCACUCCUGUGUUCCAAUGGCACAUUGUGUUAGCUAAUCCAAGUUUAUAAUUUUAAAAGGAUAAUUGAUCAUUAGAAAACCCUUUUCCAAUUAUGUUAGCACAGCUGAAAACUGUUGUGCUGAUUUUAAAGAAGCAAUAAAACUGGCCUUCUUUAGACUAGCUGAGUAUUUCUAAGUUACCCCAAACUUUUGAAUGGUAGUGUACACCACCGGUCAAAAGUUUGGACACCCCUACUCAUUCAAGGGUUUUUAUUUAUUUUUUACUAUUUUCUACAUUGUACAAUAAUGAAGACAUCAAAACUAUGAAUUAACACAUGGAAUCAUCUAGUUACAAUAAAAGUGUUAAACAAAUCACAAUGUGAGAUUUUUCAAAGUAGCCACCCUUUGCCUUGAUGACAACUUUGCACACUCUUGGCAUUCUCUCAACCAGCUUCACCUGGAAUGCUUUCAAAACAGUCUUGAAGGACUUCCCACAUAUGCUGAGCACUUGUUGGCUGCUUUUCCUUCACUCUGCGGUCUGACUCAUCCCAAACCCUCUCAAUUUGGUUGUGGUCUGGGGAUUUUGGAGGCCAGGUCAUCUGAUGCAGCACUCCAUCACUAUCAUCCUUGUUAAAAUAGCCCUUACACAGCCUGGCGGUCUGUUGUGUCAUUGUCCUGUUGAAAAACAAAUGAUAGUCCCACUAAACCCAAACCAGAUGGGAUGGCAUAACCAGCAUUCUGCAGCGAUAAGUGUUUCUUAAAUUCUAAAUAAAUCACAGACAGUGUCACCAGAAAAGCACCCCCACAUCAUAACACCUCCUCCAUGCUUUACGGUGGGAAAUACACAUGCAGAGAUCAUCUGUUCACCCACACCGCGUCUCACAAAGACACAGCUGUUGGAACCAAAAAUCCAGACCAAAGGACAAAUUUCCACCGGUCUCAUGUCCAUUGCUCGUGUUUCUUGGCCCAAGCAAGUCUCUUUUUCUCAUUGGUGUUCUUUAGUAGUGAUUUUCUUUGCAGCAAUGCGACCAUAAAGGCCCGAUUCACACAGUAUCCUCUGAACAGUUGAUUUUGAGAUGUGUCUGUUACUUGAACUCUGAAGCAUUUAUUUGGGCUGCAAUUUCUGAUGUUAACUCUAAUGAACCUAUCCUCUGCAGCAGAAGUAAUUCUGGGUAUUCCUUUCCUGUGGUGGUCCUCAUGAGAGCCAGUUUCAUCAUAGCGCUUGAUGUUUUUUUGCAACUGCAUCCCCCCCACCAUGUCACAACACAACUGAUUGGCUCAAACGCAUUAAGAAGGAAAUUAAAAUUUACUUUUAACAAAGCACACCUUUUCAUUGAAAUGCAUUCCAGGUGACUACCUCAUGAAGAUGGUUGAGAGAAUGUCAAGAGUGUGCAAAGCUGUCAUCAAGGCAAAGGGUGGAGACUUUGAAGAAUCUCAAAUAUAUUUAGAUUUGUUCAAAAAAUAACACUUUUUUGGUUACUACAUGAUUCCAUAUGUGUUAUUUCAUAGUUUUGAAGUCUUCACUAUUAUUCUACAAUGUAGAAAAUAGUCAAAAAUAAAGAAAAACCAUGAAUGAGUAGGUGUUCUAAAACUUUUGACUGGUAUCGUACGACUUCACUUGAUAAAAAUGGAUCAUAAUCUACA